GCGCUAGUUUGGAGCUCAGUGUGCGAAAGGAGACAGACGGAUAGAGACACGCAGAGGACUUAAAGACGAGAGGAAACACUCUGCUCUCAGCUGGGAACACUUCUCACAACGUAUAAAAAGAGUGAACACAACAUGCCGAGUACGCGCUCUAACGGCCGGGCUCAGCCCACGCUCUCCUUCCCGCGCCGCAAAUCCUGCAGAGUCUCGUCCAAGACGCCCCAGCUGGACAAAUCUCCUCCAGCGCCGUCACCGGCCAAGCCCGGACCCCAGCAGCCCGUAACGACCCGGAUCGGACUGCUCUCCCCCAAACUACCGGCCGGCCGCCCGUCUCCCCUCUCACUUCCGGCCCUCCAGCCACGGCUUCCACUCAGCCCCCGAAAACGCACAGGUGAUGAAAACGUCUGUAACCUCGGCGUCACCCUGCUGGGUUCGCCGCCCAAGCAGAGCAAGCCGACCCCUGCUUCGCCCAGGAAGCCGGUCUCCGACGAGAACUCGCCGGUCUCGGCUCGCCGGCGGCUGGUCCCGUCCUCGUCGCCGCUGCGACCGCUGUCUCCCGCCGCCGGAUUGUCUCCGAGGCGCCAAGAAACGCCCACCGGGAGCCCGGCACACCAGAAACCAGAGAGGAGGCCGCCGGUCGUUCGGCUCUUUGGAGAAAAGUCGAGGUUUGUGAGCGUGAAGCAGGCGCUCCACACCGCCGUCCCCGAGCGGCUCCUGUCCCGGGAGGCCGAGCGGGCAUCCAUCCGCUCCUUCCUGGAGGAGAAGGCCCUGCGGCACCUCCCCGGCAGCCUCUACAUCUCCGGAGCCCCGGGAACCGGCAAGACGGCCUGCUUCAACUGUGUGCUGCAGGAGAUGAAGGCCGAGCUGGCGUCCGUUCAAACGGUGCUGGUCAACUGUAUGAGUCUGCGGAGCUCCCACGCCGUCUUCCCGCUGCUGGCUGACAAGCUGAGAGCGCCCGGUGGGCAGAACGGGCUGCAGAGGUUCCUGACGGCCCCGGGGCCCGCUGUGCUGCUAGUUCUGGAUGAGAUGGACCAGCUGGACAGUAAAGCUCAGGACGUCCUCUACACCAUCUUUGAGUGGCCGUACCUGCCGAAGUCUCGCCUCUGUCUCGUCGGUAUCGCCAACGCUCUGGAUCUGACCGACCGCAUCCUCCCCCGACUGCAGGCUCGGCCUCACUGUCGCCCCCUGCUGCUACACUUCCCUCCCUACAGCCGGCAGGAGCUCACGGCCAUCGUCCAGGACCGGCUCUCUCAGGCGUCGGCUGAAGGGAUCCUGGACGCCUCGGCGGUUCAGUUUUGUGCCAGAAAAGUGUCGGCGGUGUCGGGAGACGCCAGGAAAGCUCUGGACAUCUGCAGGAGAGCGGUUGAGGUUGUGGAGUCUGACGAGAGGAAGAAAGCGUCGGAUCCAACAGCUGAAACGAAAGCGUCGCGGGUCAGCCUUCCUCAGGUGGCGCGCGUGCUGUCGGAGGUUUACGGCGACCGGAUGGCGUCUCGGUGCGGUGGCGCAGACGGAGAGAGUUUCCCGCUGCAGCAGAAGCUGCUGGUCUGCUGCCUGCUGCUGCUCACGCGCAACGGGAAGAGCAGAGAGAUCGUCCUCGGGAAGCUCCACGAGGUUUACAGCCGUCUGUGCGCCCAGCGGCAGGUGUCCGCUGUUGGUCAGGGAGAGUGUUUGUCUCUCUGCGGUCUGCUGGAGAGUCGAGGAAUCUUCUCUCUGAAGAAAGCCAAAGAGGCUCGUCUCACUAAGGUGUUUCUGAAGAUCGAGGAGAAAGACGUUGAAAACGCUCUGAAGGACCGAACGCUGCUGGGAAGCAUCCUCGCUGCAGGACUCCCCUCAUGAUCACAGUUUACUUUUUAUCUACAAAGUUUUUUUGCAGUGUUUUUUUUUCUUUUUUUUUCUCGUUUUUGCAGAGAAUUUGUAUAUAUUUUAUGAUGAUAUUAACUUUUUAUUUGUUUUUCCUCAUACUGAUGUUGACGCUCUGUUUUUGAGUUGUUGAGAAAAUGUUUUUAACUCGUCGGUUAUGAUAUUACAGCAUUUUGUUUCAGUUUGAAACGUUUCCAUUUUUAUGCUGUAAAUACACAAAUGUACAGACAUUUUAAUCAGAUUUCCUCUUGUAUGUUUUUUAUUUUUUUCUCAUUCCCAAUAUCACUAUUCUGCUUCGGACAGAGAGACUAGAUUAGUCAGAAAUAGUAAAAGAUAAUUCAUCAGAAGAAAGGGAUUCAUCACUCGUGACAGUAACACUUUUCCAUCUGUCAACCAAUCAACCGACUUUCUCCACAAAUAAUCAAACCACAAACAAUGUGAUGAUGAUACGGUUCUUGUAAAUAAGCCGUUCAGCAUAAAUAAAAGUUUGUAGACUAAAGACCAAAACAACCAGUUAGUGAGGGAAGACGCACUUAAAGUUAAAUUCUAAGUCUGUUCGGUCACUUUCUAUCUCAGGUAUGUCUAUCUAACGCACAGUGAAAGUAUUUCAUAAUCUGUAUAUUUGCAGUAUUAUGAACUUUGUGUCUGUGACGACGUUCCCAGAGAAAUAAUGCAGUAUUACAAUUGUGUGA